AUGACCUCACUGCUGCUCCCUGGCACUGCCCACGCUGCGAUGAAGGACCUCUCCUCCUCCUCCUCUCCUCUCAGCUCCCUGCUCCACUACCCGUCCUCCAAAACCUCAGCCGUGACAUUCUCUUCUCCGUCUUCCGGCACCGCCUCCUCCUCGCCGGGAUCGACGCUGUCUUCGGCCAAACCUCAGCCCUUCUGCCUCCAGACGGGCCCACAUCUCAUCGCCAGCAUGCAGCUACAAAAACUCAACUCGCACUACCAGAACCUCGCCGGGGCUUCUGCGGGACACCAAGCAACCGGCGGUGCUCAAAGAGGGUUCGGGGCCUCGCCGCUGAGCACGGGGAACCAGCUCCUGGGGCCGUCCGGAGGCGGGAUGGGUGUCGGCAUCGGCAUGGGGAACCAAACCUCUGGUCCGGGUGCAAUUAUCGACUUUGACCCGGUGGACGAGGAGGUUCUGAUGUCGCUGGUGGUGGAGCUCGGAUUGGACCGAGCCAACGAGCUGCCCGAGCUUUGGCUGGGCCAGAACGAGUUUGACUUCAUGUCGGACGUACCGGCGGGAUGCUGACAGAUAAGAAGAGAAAACUUUUAAAGAUCUAUGGAAGUAGUUGACAAAGAGAGAGAGAUGUUCUCUCCUCUAUUUUCUUUUUCUUUUUCCUCCUUUUCUUGGUCGAUAAAACGACGAAACAGAAGAAACCGCGACAAAGAGAACGAGAUAAGAUGCACACUCCGGUUUCUUACUUUCUUUUGAACUCUUUAUGGAAAGACAGAUGGAUAUAAAAGAAAACCGAUAACUUGCUUUGGAUUUAGUAGUUGUUUUUUCAAUCGAGUUGUGCUCUUGCGGAAAGAGGGCUCUGAUUUGUAUUUUGCUUUUUCAUUUGAAGAACCAUGAGCUGAGUAGGAACCGAAGGAAGGAUUCAAACAAACAAAGAGACCCAAAGAGCUCAACUCGCCUUGAAACCAACGAGCAAUGGCUGGUUUUAUUGGGAACAAAAUGGUCCACAAAAGACAGGUUGGAGAUGUUCGAAGCCCUCUGGAAACAAAACAGUCAAGUUGACGCGCCGGUUUGACUUCUUGUUUUUCUCUCGAAUGAUGAAUAGAAACAAGACUUUCUGGGAAGUUUGUGAAGGAUGACACGCACUACGUUUCCUGUUUUCUCAAUGGACAAUAUUAGACCGUGGUCUCGUGGGAAAGGGACUCCUGAUCCCUUGCUCCUCACAAAGAAAUUGCUUGUCUCAGAACUGGUUAUCUCAAUGUUCUUCUUUUCCGUUCUUCUUCUUGUUUGAAUAAAGAUCAAGCAGUCAAAUUCGUAGAACAUGUUAUUUAAGACAGUGGCUGAUACCCAUCAGGACCUCUGGACAAGGAGCGCUUCUAUAAAUCGGUUCUACUUUUUCUCAACGUAAUGAAUUAGAUAAAAGAGAUGUGGGAUUUUUCAGAGCAUGGGACCUGAAUGGAGUAAAUUGUUUUCUCUUGCUCUGGAACACAACCCCCAUUGAAAUGGUCGAGGACUUUUGGUCAUGUGAGUCGCUACUACAUGUACGUUAUUUGUUCCCCGGCCUACAGUGUAAGAUCACUGACCCAGAUGGUGUAGUCAAUCUGUUGUCAAUUAUCUGAGAUAGCACUUCCUGUUUUGAGUGAGGAUACGAGGUCUGGUACACAUUUGUGUAUGCAAUCCCAAUGGCAACCCCGCUGUUUAGUGUUCGUCCUGUUUUAACCAUCUUUGAUGUUUGUUUUAAAACCUUUAAUUCAGCCCUAACACACCUUAUUAUCGCCAAAGCGUCAUCUGUUUUAUCAUUAUAGACGGGGAUUUUAAGUCCACAUAUUGCGGGGGCUUCAUACCGAAACAUCAACUGCCUUAUGGUUAAAACAUUCACAAUGUUUAUCCAAAGGUUUAAGCUUCAGUACCAAAGUAAACUUAUAAAUAUUUGAACCCCCAAAUCAUAAAAGGUUAUAUGCUACUGUUUGCCGCUAACAUGUUAACAUCCCAGUCUGCUUUACUUUCCCUUGGCAGUGGAAAUGUAUAGAACAUCUUUGCAGGUUAGCAGUGCACCCUCCAGCAAACAUAUUGGUGGUCCUCGAGCUGUUUGGCCGCAGUUGCACAUUUAGCCAUUUAGCCACUUGCUAGCUAGCCAGCAGUCCGACUCUCAAGUGUUUAAUUAUGACUUCUUAAGCCUGUUCAAAUACGUGUUAGCAUAAGCUAUAUGGACCGGUGGCAUGCUGACCAUAUACAGUACUUACAAAAAAACAACGAGAUGUAAUGAAUGUAGCACCAAGCAAGACGUGCACAUCCUUUAGCUCGUCAGCGGCUACAUACGCAUUAUUUUUCAAGCUAACACAGACAAGAAGCCUUAAAGGUGUUAGAUACGAUGACAACAGGCAGCUCACACAUUUAUUCUUGUCCGAGUUCAGCUAAUUGCUAGCAUGCAAGCUAGGUAGCAACCACUUUCUGAACAUCAUAUUUUGGCUUCUGAACAUAAUGAAAAAGUUUUUUGAAUAUUACAUUAAUUGGAAUUUAGCACUUUGCUACUUAAACUCAAGUGCCACUUUCUGGAGCUUUAGCUGUGUCAAAAAAUUGGAUGUUUAAGCUAGCAAUCCUAAAAGAGUUGGAUUAUAUCGUGACAGCUUCCGAGCUUUUGUGUCAGACAAUUCGAGUGGCAGCCGAGCAAACUAACAUCUAGAGCUGAAGAUAUGGCUUAAGUUAUAGUAAAUGGACCAUGAGGUGGGUUUGUUUUGUGAUCUGUCGGCCUAUAGGGUAAUUGUUCUUGAGUUGAUAUACUCAGGCCGGGGGAUCCGAACUGAACCUCUUAAAUUACACAAAUUGUAUGUGCCUCAUUUGCAUACUAAGUGAUGUAACAGAUGCUGUUUGCUUGAAACUUUUGGCUCAUACUUUGAUCUCACACAACAUGUCUGUGAUGGUAAUAUUAACUGAGUCAGUUUGGCAGGUGUUGUUUCUUGCCAAUGCAGACUUGACAUCCAACCCUCCACCUCCACCUAUAGGGGCUGCACGCUGUCUUAGAUGGAUUCAUGGGGGCUCUGACCUAUAUCUGUUGUGGUAAUAGGAGACGCGGGCUCGAACCGUGUGGCAGCAACAAAGGCCUUUCACCUCCAACCCGGUGUGUCUGUCAUCUGGGCAUUGUGGAUCUCUUCUUUGGACCACACACACAAAAUAACACCUGUAUGUUUAUGUGCACGUACACAAAGACCUACAGAAACUCACCUGUGUGUGUUUCACAUCCAGAGAAACAAAACUACUGUUUGUGUGCAAGCAUACAAAGAACAAGGGGGAAAAAAUACACCAAACGCACACACACAGAGAGAGAGAGAGGAGCACUGGGAUGGUAUUACAGCAGAGAAAUGAGAGAAGCAGCCGUGAAACAGGAACUCGCAGAGAAUAUUGAAAAGAGAGAGUGGGAAACAAAAUAAGUUGUUAAAUACGAAUACUACGAAGCACUGUAAAAGUCAAGACCAAAUAGUUAUAAAAAGAGUUAUAUGUUCAGCAAAGACAUUUGCAGAUGAUGUUUAGAGGUAACAUAUUAUUCAAAAUACACUUCACCUUGGUUUUCAAACAUUAAUAUGUGUCUCUAGUCUGACUACAAACCCCCCAAUCAUGAGAAAUGUCCAUCCUCUCCGUCUUCUGCCUGCUCCACUUUUCAGAAAAUGUGUGCUCAAACAGGCCGUUUGGAGAUUUUCCCUUCAUGACAUCACAAAGGGCUGUAGCCCCUCCCCCAGGUGGGUGACACUCCCACAGCUAGGUGUUUGUUCUGCCCUCUGAGUCUGCCUUCUCACCGUAAACAAUAGGACAUGGAGCGAGAAAGCACCGAGUACACCCAAAGCCCUUCCAGAGAGGGGGGCGUGGUCAGACACAGCUCAUUUACAUAUUUAAAGGUACAGACACAGAAACAGCCUGUUCUGAGCAGGGCUGAAAUAGAGGGGUUUAUAGGCGUGAUCAAAUACAGGAUCAGAGUGGAUUUAGAACAAGAAACUUCACACACAUGUUUUGAGGAGCUCUGAGACUUAUUUAAACUUUCUGAAAAGGAGGAGGAUAUGUGACCUUUAAGUGUUGCAAAUAAACACAAAUUAUCCCGCAGUCAAAUUAGCUUCACUUUUGGUCUCAUCACAGCUUUAUCGUGUGCAAAGGUAAACAACGAGCAGCAGAUCAUCCUUCCUAAUGAAAAGUUCUUCCAGGCCUUGUUAAUUUAUUUAGAUGAAGACAGGUCGGCUUUCCUCACAGCAGCUAUUCUCCUUACCCCCUUUUUGAAGUUGUUUUGAGUCUUGGUUGUUCUUCCCUUUCUUGAAUGAAAUGGGAGAAGUAUUCAUUAAUGAAAACCCGAUGAAGGAGUCCUUUUGGCGGAUACCCCCCCCCUCCCUCCCCCCUCUCUCGUAACAACCACUUUAUUGAGUGAGGAGUGAAAGAAGAAAUAAAGAUGCAUCUCAUCACUUUUUGAAUCCAGCAGACAGACACACUGAUUCUUUUCUUCGCCUGUCUCUGAGUCUUAAGUGGGUCAAAAUAACAUACUUCACUCGAGAACAGCCGAGUGUUUGUUUCCAUCUGCUCCACGGUGUUUUAAAGUACUUUUUUGUGUGUGUGUGUGUUGUUUUGCUGUAAUCCCAGCUGAUUGAAUGUUUUCUUUUUUUUGUUGCUGUGGGAUGCCUCUCCUCCCCUCCCCUCCCCCGAGAAGUUGCCUAGUGGUCGAGGUUGUUUGAAUCAUCUGAGGGCUUUCAUUUCCUCUUCUCCUUUACGCUCAAUAUUGCAGAUUAACCUCCAGAGAGCGACGACCUUUUGAACUCAAAUAUACCUCACAGCUAUUUGGUUUCUAAUAACAACUUAGACAUGUGCAACAAGAUAUUUCAUCUUCGUUUUUGGUUUGCUUUGAAUCCCAAUCGGGGUGUGUUUGUACGCCUUAUUACUGCGGAAAAAGUCGGGGUCACCAGUCGAGCAUUCUACUUUCUUAGCACUCUAUCUUAAAGCUCUACACUGCUGCUGGUUUUACACGUUUCUGCUCACUACAAAUCCCUUAAACUGAAGCAGAUUAUUUCUGAAAGGAUCCUUUAAGUUUAUAGACGGUUUUCUUCAGAUUCAAAUCAGUAAAAGUCUCAAAAAGUACUAAAGUUCAAAAGAGCCGAUAUUUGUCGGUUUCAGCUUCUCAGUUUGACAAUUUCAUUAUUUAACUCUUCAAAUAUUUAAGAUUACAAGCAGUCACAGAUUACUGGGUGUUACAAACCAUAAGUAAAAAACUAGAGGCCGACCGAUUUAUCGGCUGGACGAUAAUAUCGGCCGAUAUUUGCAAAUCAAGUGACUAUCGGUAUCGGCUAAUUUUAUGUCGGAUAUACGCCGAUAUUACUCGAUUUAUCUACCAGUCAAAUAGUAUUUUAUUAGAGUUUCAUUUUGUUAAACGAGCAGUUAUCUUCCUUCUCUCACCAGCAGAGGGCGCUGUAUGGAUUACAACAAGCAUUAUCAUACAAAGACAGAGAAUAGGUAUAAAUUGCUCAGAUUCCAGAAGAAUCCACCUAAAAGUUUCUGUAAAACACUUUUGUAUCAUUUAAAGACGGAUGUGAAAAAACCCAAAGUGUAGCGUGUUUACGAGGGUUUCUCAGCAGACUUUUUUCCUGUAAGCAGUUGCUAGGCAACAAUCAGAACCUGGAAGUUGCUGCUCCAAUAUUCACAAUAGUUUUAAAAAAAAGUUCAAAUGAGCUCCUGUGUGUGUGUGUUGUUUUAUUUUGAAGUUGGGAUGAGUUUUCCUCCUGAGCUUUUGGUGUCAGCGUGAGCUCUCAGUAAACCCCCUCGAGUCACGACUACCCGUCUGGAUUUACAGUUUCUAUGUGACAGCGGUGAUUUGUUACUCACUCGACCGUUUCCCUCCGGGGCCGCCGGGUCAUGAAAAAUGUUCCAGAAACCUUCAACACCAGCGGUGAUGUAUCUGUUACAGGGUUUCCACUCCACAUAAUGAAGAUGCUCAGCCACCGGUCCUCUCGUUACACAUCAAGUCGAACGCUGCACUGAUUCCAUACUUUUUCUUUUCUACAUAUUUUACUUAAAAAAAAACCUCCAGAUCAUUUUAUUUUCUUGUUUUUUUUCAUGAUGAAUGAUUAUUAUUGAAAGAUGAUUUUUAAAGCACUUUUGCUCACCGGCUCUCACUUGUACAUCUAUAUGAAUAUGUAAAUGAGUUAUAUUGAAAAAAGGCGUGUAUUUUUGUUACGGCUUUGAGUUGAAGGAUGAAUAAAGAAGGAGAGAAACUUCA